AUGCUUACCGCCUCCGAGUUGGAAGAACUCCCCGUUCUCCCCGGCGACACCACUGUUGAGUUUCCUGCGGGAACCUAUGCCGUCCCCUGCUACAAGAAGAAGGAACUUGAGGGUACUGGUCCCGAGAUCGAAGAUGCCAUCUGGUUCCAUACACAGCCCCUCGAUGCACACACCAUCGAGCGAAUCCACAGCCUCAGGCUGGUAGCCGAGUCCCGUGAUCAAGGUUUCUGCGAUGAUGAGCUUGCCGGCAACUGGACUUGGUUUGAGAUUGCCAUCCUCAAAAAUAAGUACUCGAAGCAGCCUAGAAUCAAGGAUGGCAUCAAGCUUGUUUGGGACAGUCACAAGAAUCGCUUCCUAAGCAACAAGUAUGACUGGGAGGAGGGUGUCGAGUUUACCAAGGAUCAUGACAUUUUCCGACUUCUCGAGGAUGGCAACUGCAUCGCAGUUCGUCUAUGUGCCCGUUUCGCGGGUUGGAAAAUCAAGGCCCGAACGGGUUAUCUGGUCCUCGACAUUGCUGCGCCGGUUGCUCGAGAUCCCCUCGAGUUUGGCCAGACAAAGGAGACGGUACUCAGUAUCCAGGAGGUCUUCCAGGAAGUCAACAGCAGCAUCCUUCCGGACUCUAUGCAAAUAUCUACGCCUCCCAAGGAGCUUCUGUUCCGUGCUGAGAUGUUGACGUCGGCCGGUGAUAAGCCCCUGCGUGUUUUGUCGCUAGAUGGUGGCGGUGUUCGUGGCGUUGCGGCCCUGAUGCAUCUCGAUGCCGUCAUGAAGAAGCUUGCUCCAGGCAAGAAGCCAUGUGAGGUGUUUGACCUGAUCGGUGGUACCAGCACGGGAGGCUUCAUCGCCAUCAUGCUUGGACGUCUGCAAAUGUCAGUCAAAGACUGCCUUGCUAGCUACCGAAAGUUCAUGAACAUUGUCUUCUCUUCCAAGCGGUGGACAAAGGCCAGUCUGAUAGCCACCAGCUCCAAGUGGGACGCCACUGCUCUGGAAGGGUGCAUCAAGGAUCUUGUGCGGGAGCAGCUCGGUCGAAACCCUGACGAAGUGCUUCUCCUUGAUGAGGAGUCUGCAAAGACCUGCAAGGUCUUCGUCAUGGCCACCAAGAGAGACGGCGCAAACAACCAAGCACCCAUGGUGUUCCGUUCCUACGAGAACCCUCUGGAAAAGUCGGCUCUUCCAGGAAUCAAGCUGUGGGAGGCGGCUCGCGCAACCUCUGCCGCUCCCAUGUAUUUUGCUCCCCUGAAGGUCGAUGGCCACGAGUUCCUUGAUGGUGGGCUCCAAGCCAACAACCCCCUUGGAUGGUUGUGGAACGAGAUCCUCAGUGUCUUUGGCCCUGCUCGCUCAACAAACUGCUUCCUCAGCAUCGGAACCGGCAUUCCAGCAGCCAAAUCAGUCGGCGACGUGCGCAACGUGGCAGGCUUCGCCGAGAGCAUCGCCGGCAUCGCCACCAACAGCGACAUCACAAACAUUCUCUUCCGCUCGCUCAUCAACGCCUUUGCUCCCAGGCCGAUGGGCAAGAAGUACUGGAGAUUCAACGUCGGCGACGGACUUCCCGACUAUGUCGAAGAGGAUGGCGUGUGGAAGUGGAAGAUGCUUGGACAGCGGGUUGAGGCGGAUAUUGGAGAAUUGGACGACGUCAAGGCUAUUGACCGGACUGUGGCCAACGCAGAAAAGUACAUCUUGGAGCCUGGUGCGCAGAAGAUGAUUGAGGAGUGCGCCAACGCCUUGCAGGAGGAGCUCUAA